AUGUCUAAUACUGGUAAAGAGAUACUCACUAGGGAGUCUACAGAGGCGAAUAAAGACUCCCUAGCCCCAGAUUUCGAGUCUUCUAUCGACGAAGCCAAGCUCUUGCGCAAGAUAGAUUUCCAUGUCCUGCCCAUUCUCUGGGUUGUAUACGUGGCAGCUUUCCUCGACCGUGUCAAUAUAUCCAAUGCUCUCACGCUCGGCUUGCCCGAGGAGCUCGGUCUCAAUCCCCGGCGAGUCAGCAUCAUGCUCGCCAUCUUCUUCGUGCCGUACACGAUCUGCGAAAUCCCGGCCAAUAUCCUCAUGAAGCGGCUGAAUCCUCACAACUGGCUCUCUGGAUGUAUCCUCGCAUUCGGGCUCGUGACUAUCGGCCAGGGCUUCGUCCAGAGUUACGAAGGCAUCCUUGUCGCGAGGUUCUUCCUCGGGGUGUUCGAGGCAGGCGUCUUCCCUGGCUGCUUCUACUUGAUCAGCUUUUGGUACAAGCGAGACGAAGCCCAGAAGCGGUUCACCAUUUACUUCUCAAGCGUCAUUGUCUCGAACGCCUUCGGGGGCCUGCUGGCUGGGGCUAUUGCCAAGCUAGAGGGCGCUCGAGGGUUAGCGAGCUGGCGAUGGAUCUUCAUACUAGAAGGGACCGCUACUAUUGUCAUAGGGUUCAUCGCUUUCUUCUGUAUCACGGAUUUCCCGAUGGAAGCGCGCUGGUUGGCGCCAGAUGAAAGGGCGUUUAUACUUGCGAAAACGGAAUCGAAUGAGUCUCAUCGAGUACCCAUCACUCUGAAAGAUGUGCUCCAUUUCUUGUCUAAGCCCAUCAAUUGGUGUGGUGGUAUGAUGUACUUCACAAUAGCGAUUCCUACCUUCACACUUGCAUUCUUUAUUCCUACCAUCGUUCAAACAUUGGGUUAUGGCCCCGUGCAGACACAGUUGUAUUCGAUCCCUCCGCACGCCGCCGGUCUUGCCUCCUCUAUCAUCCUCGCUUAUGUUUCCGACAGGUAUCGAAUACGCUCACUGCCCAUUUUUGUAGGGCUCGCGUUGAUGAUCACCGGGAUCGCUCUGUUGGCCAGUUUUCAAGAUCUGUCAAACUUCUCGGCCGAGUAUGCUGCGAUAUGUCUCACCACCAUAGGUGCAGCUGGCUGCGGUGGAAUCAUAAUAUGUUGGUGGGUGAUGAACCUCCGAGGUCACGUCGAGCGCAGCAUUGGUUCUGCGUGGCUUAUAACUCUAGGCUCCAUCGGAGCGAUGAUAUCCACAUUCAGCUUUAAGCGUGACGUGCGAUCUUAUCGUACUGGAUAUACCAUCGGCCUUGCUGCGGCUGUCUUAUGUGCUGUUAUGUGUGCUUUAUAUGGGCUUCUCGUUUGGCGGAAGAGGAAAGCAGAAGCCAGAUCUGAAGGGAUCGACGGGAUUAAACGUGAUCAGCUGUUUUUGUAA